ACUUUCUCCUUUCCGUGUAACGGCAGGUAAAGGCGCACUGCGACGGGGCUGCAGCACUCAGAGACAAACCUGUUGGACUGCUCGUCCUCCUGCUCUGUUACUCUCCCUUUCUGUCUGUCUGCAGCUGGAUCCUCCUCCCCACAACUCUCUGAACCAGCCCCGAAGUCUGGACCUUGUCACUUUUCUUACAGUUUUAUUUUUGUUGGAAUGAGAUUUUCCUGAACCGAGGCUGCUGUAAUGAGAUCUGUUAAAGCCUCUGUCCUAGGAUCAGUUUUGGCUCUUCUCUUGCUGUUGAGGGAGCCUGCCUGCCGGGGUGAUGAGGUUGCCUCAAACACAGUGAACCCAUGCUGCUAUUUACCCUGUCAGCACUCGGGUGUGUGUGUGAGGUAUAGUGAAGACAAGUAUGAGUGCGACUGCACUCGCACCGGCUACUACGGAGAAAACUGCACUGUCCCGGAGUUUUGGACCAGGGUGCGUCAGUUCUUGAAGCCCAGCCCAGAUGUGGUGCAUUACAUUCUCACUCAUUUUCACUGGCUCUGGGAAAUUAUCAACCAUACCUUCCUACGGGACGUUCUCAUGCGGCUGGUUUUAACAGUUAGAUCCAACUUAAUACCCAGUCCUCCAACCUACAACUCAAAAUAUGACUACCUCAGCUGGGAAUCCUACUGUAAUCUGAGCUACUACACUCGGAUUCUGCCCCCCGUGCCAGAGGACUGCCCUACACCUCUGGGGGUUAAAGGCGAGGCUGGGCUGCCUGACCCUGAGCUGCUGGUUGAAAGGCUGCUGAAGAGAAGGACGUUUAGACCUGACCCCCAGGGCUCCAAUCUUAUGUUCGCCUUCUUUGCGCAACACUUCACCCACCAGUUCUUUAAGACCUACAAUCGCAUGGGUGUGGGCUUCACUAAGGCUAUAGCACAUGGGGUGGAUGCUGGGCACGUGUAUGGAGACAACCUGGAACGGCAGCUCGAGCUCAGGCUUCACCAAGAUGGAAAACUCAAGUAUCAGUUAAUUGACGGCGAGAUGUACCCUCCCUCUGUAGCUGAUGCACCCAUUAAGAUGAGCUACCCUCCAGGGAUCCCUCCUGAGGGUCAGAUGGCUAUUGGUCAGGAAGUGUAUGGGCUCCUCCCUGGUUUGGGAAUGUAUGCCACGCUGUGGCUGAGGGAGCAUAACCGAGUAUGUGACAUCCUGAAGGCGAAACAUCCCACCUGGAAUGAUGAACAGCUUUUCCAGACCACACGCCUCAUCAUCAUUGGUGAAACAAUAAGGAUAGUGAUAGAGGAGUACGUGCAGCACCUCAGUGGAUACCUGCUGCAGUUGAAGUUUGAUCCCAUCCUGCUCUUUAACUCCAACUUCCAGUAUGGGAACCGUAUCGCCCUAGAGUUCAGCCAGCUCUAUCACUGGCACCCCUUGAUGCCUGACAGUUUCUUUAUCAAUGGAGAUGAACUGUCCUACCCGCAGUUCCUCUUCAACACUUCUGUUCUCACACACUACGGCAUUGAGAAGCUAGUGGAUGCCUUUUCUCGGCAAGCUGCUGGCCAGAUUGGCGGUGGCCAUAACAUCAAUGCUAUGGUGACCAAAGUGGCCGUGGGAGCCAUAAAGGAGUCCCGCCAACUCCGCAUGCAGCCCUUUAACGAGUACAGGAAGCGUUUUAAUCUGAAGCCAUAUACAUCGUUCAGACAAUUCACUGAUAGCGAGGAGAUAGCCCGCGAACUUGAAGAGUUUUACGGUGACAUUGAAGCUCUUGAGUUUUAUCCUGGAUUGAUGUUGGAGAAAACAAGAGCCGGCACCAUAUUUGGAGAGAGCAUGGUGGAGAUGGGUGCCCCCUUCUCCCUUAAAGGCCUCCUGGGAAACCCUAUAUGUUCUCCUGAAUACUGGAAGCCCAGUACCUUCGGUGGCAAAGUCGGCUUUGACAUAGUGAACUCCGCCACGCUAAAGAAGCUGGUCUGUCUAAACACCAAGUCGUGUCCUUAUGUGGCAUUUAGAGUACCAGCUGAGGAGCAAUCACAAAGAGGGAGUGAUGGCAGUGAAGUAAGAACUGAUGAGCUAUGGUGGACCGCUGUCAUGACGACUCUGGAUGACAAGAUCCUGGGAGAGAAGCUGCAGUACUACUACAGCAGCAGUGAGGACGAAGGCAGCGACAACGAGGACGACGAUGGGGAGAACAAGACCAUCCGGGACGCAAACGCCCAGGAGCCGGAGAUAGACUACAGCGCAGAUGGGAGCGCUGUCAACACGGGGCCAAAGGGUGUCAUCAAUGACUGGAGGAAGUACAAGCAGCUGGAGGUGGAGCAGAAACAAGAGCAGAAGAAAGAGAUGGAAAGACUGAUCAAGAAGCUGUCGAUGACCUGCCGCUCUGACCUCGACCUGGAAAAAGACAAAGAGAAACAGAAAGAGCUGCAGGAAAAAAUAAAAGGCAAAAUGACCAUGCAAGAGUACAACAUGCUCCAGGAAGAAGAGGAUGAUGAAGAUUUCCUCCAGCACUACCGUAUGCAGCGCAUUGAAGAGAUGCGGCGCCAGCUCUGCCGCGGCAAGCGUUUCGCACAGGUUUACGAGCUCAACAGCGGAGAGGACUUCCUGGAGGCUUUAGACAACGAGGACAAAAGCACGCUGGUCAUGAUCCACAUCUACGAACCGGACGUCCCGGGCUGUGACGCCAUGAGCGGCAGCCUGCUCUGUCUGGCUCAGGAAUACCCGCUGGUCAAGUUCUGCAGCGUGCGCAGCUCGGCCAUCAGCACCAGCGCACUGUUCAGAGACAGCGCUCUGCCCGCUCUGCUCGUUUACAAAGGAGGGGACCUGAUCGGGAACUUCGUGCGGCUCACAGACCAGCUCGGGGAAGACUUCUUUGCCGUAGACCUGGAGGCCCUGCUGCAGGAGUACGGCCUGCUGCCCGACAAGCCCCCCAUCGUCCAGAAGACGGUUCGCAAUGGAGCCAUCAUACAGAACACUGUGAGCGACGAGGACUCUGACCUUGAUAUAGACUAGAGCCAUAAUAGCUAACGUGCAUUAUAUGCUUGGAAAAUAUUCGUACGCAGUCUGCAUGGACUAUAGAUCAUUUUUAUGUAUGUGGACCCCCCCGUAGUGAUGACAGACUGAACCAGGAUUGCCAUGUUACUACUCAACACAGCAACAUACAACCAGCAUUGAAGGCAAAAGUAAAUGCACACAGAACAUCAUUGAGUUUCAUGAUGACUUCAUUCCAUGAGUUAUAUUUAAGUAAAUUCUAGCCGUUAUCAAUAUCGAGGACCUGUUGUUGAGAAUGAUGUAGCUGUUAGGUUAAAUGUUUUGUUUGAGCUAUGACUGUCAACUAUUUAUUCGUUUAUUUCCCUUUUUUUUGUUUCAUGUGCAUCUUCAUUGUAUUGAAUGUGUUUCACUCUGUAGAAUACAAAUCCUUCACUGACUUGUAGUUAAUUUUAUAACUUUUAUAUGUGCUGUAUAGUACAUAGUGGGAACAAUAAACAAAUGUUUGGAAUCUG